AAAAUUGUCCAUGUACGAAGUAUGAAUGUGGAAGAAACUUUGUUUGGCUAACUAUGAUCUAGGGGUGUGAGAACCCAACCAACCAAGCUCGAACGCAGCUCGAUUCGGAUCGAUUUAGGCAAGUUUCAACUUUCUUUACGCUUUAUUCUGGGCCUGAAGGCAUUAGAUCUGUGGAGAAGUGGUUCGAGCGAAGACCGCCACCGAAUCGCAAUCCCGAAUCUGUCAGAAAUCGCCGCAAAGACGCUGGAGAAACGCGACCGUCUUGCCGGAAUUAGACUACGCCAAUCAAAGAUCGUGGCUUGAGUUUCAAAAAAGGUCGGGCAAUGCUUUCUGGACUCAAAUUUAUUCCUCGAGAAAGAAUUAGUGAUAGUAAUGAGAAACAGAAAAGUAAGGGAAAGUCAACACGUUACAGUAGUUCAGAUGAGGAGUACCAGAACACGAAAAAGAAGAAAUUUGGGAGGAAGAAAUCAUCGAAGGACUAUUCAACAUCUUCAACAGAUAGUGACAUGAGGGAAGAUUUUCACAGGGAUGGGAAGAAACAUCAUACAAGAAAAGCGAGUAAAAGGAAAUCAAGGAGUGAUAGGAACACUUUAGCUAGAGAAUAUUCUACAUCUACUGAUACUGAUGAUAGCUCUAGUGAUAGUGUUGAAAAGCGACGAAAACAUAGGAGAAAAGGUAAAAGAAAUCGGGAUAAGAAAAGAAAGAGUCAACACCUUGGAGAAGAAAUGUUUGAUAGCAUCAGAGAGACUUCUUCUAAAGAUGACAAAGAAAUUGUUAGAAAAGAAAUGGGCUUGGAGUGGAUGCUUAAACCCCAAGAAACGAUGGAGAGAAUCUCAGAUGAAUCUAUUGAUAAUCAACAAGAAGAAGCUCCAAAGGAAAUAACUAAGGUCAAUCCCAGGGAAUUGAAUCCAUAUUUUAAAGAUAAUGGAACUGGUUAUCCGGAGGAGAGUGAUAGGACCAAAUCAGAUAUAGACAAACUUCCACCACCUCGGAUUGUUGGUGAUGGGGGGGCUAGCUGGAGACUUAAAGCAUUGAAGCGUGCUGAGGAGCAAGCAGCUCGAGAUGGACGGAAGCUUGAAGAGGUUGUUGAAGAACGUUGGGGUUCUCUUGGCCAACUUGCUGUCUCGGUAGCGGCCAGGAAAGUGGCACCAUCACGUUCUCAUUUGCAUGCUAUAAGAAAUAGAAAGAGAGGGCUAACCAGUGAAGAUCAAGUUUCAAACAGUCAAAAUGAAAGUGAUUCUGGAAAGAGCUCUGCCAGGGACUACUUGAAGGACAUCUCUUCCAGACAUCCUGAAAUGAGGGAGCCUAAAGUUCGAGAUUCAUUAUCUUGGGGAAAGCAAAAAAGUCAGAAUGUCUCUUCAAAGGAUGCUGGCUUCAUUUCGUUAGCAGUGACCAGUAUAAAUAAAUUCUCAGAUGAUGGAAGUUUUGCGUCUGACUUUCUCAGACAACAAAGUGAAAAUACUAAAGGUGAUCCGGUUAAGACAAAGACGCAAUCACAAAUGGUUGUCUCAACAUCCGACAAGCCCAAUGAAGAUUGUGUUUCAGCGAAGGAUGCAAUGAGUGCAAAUCAGCUGGCUGCAAAGGCAUUUCAGCUUCAAAUGAAAGGAAAACAUGAAGAAGCCCAAAAGCUUUUGCAAGAAGUACAAACUAUGAAGGCAACCAAUAGUGUUGAAGUGAAUUCCAUCAAGCCGCAAAUUGAACAAACCACAUCUAGAAAACACAUUCCAGGUAUACCUAGGAGGAAUAAGGAGGAUGAUACAGAUCUUUAUCUGGCUAAAAGUAUAAUGAAGAACAAGCAGUACAGCAUGUCGGGUCGGGCAGAUAAUGAAUAUGAUUAUGAAGAUGGUUCAGGAAAAACGACUCAAAGAAAAAGGGGAAGUAAUGAUGAUAAGCUAUCUGGGAGGGAUAUUCGUCCAAGGCGUAUGGCAACUCAGGAAGAACGCUGCUUCUUUUGCUUUGAAAAUCCUAACAGGCCAAAACAUCUGACUGUGUCAAUAGCAAAUUGCACAUAUUUGAUGCUGCCUCAGUGGCAGCCUGUGGUUACGGGCCAUUGCUGCAUUUUACCUAUUUCACAUGAAUCAGCCACAAGAAGUGUGGAGAAAACUGUUUGGGAGGAAAUUCGCAACUUCAAGAAGUGUCUGAUUAUUAUGUUUGCAAAGCAAGAGAAAGAUGUGGUUUUUCUUCAAACAGUUGUGGGCUUGGCAAAACAACGUCGCCAUUGCUUGAUUGAGCGCGUUAUCUUAGAUGAUGAUUUAAUCUGUUUCUUUGCUUCCAACAAUAAUAAUCUUUCAUUUCAGGCUAUUGAUGAAGCAGAGGAAGAAUGGAGCCAGCACAAUUCAAAAAACCUGAUAGAUACAAGUGUUCAGGGAUUGCGUGGAUCAAUCCCAGAGAACUUUCCAUACUAACACGUAGAAUUUGGGUUGAACAAGGGGGUUGUGCAUGUGAUAGAGGAUGACGACAAUUUCAAUGUGAUCAGAGGCAUGUUACAGCUAGCUGAGGAAGAUAUGCAUCGGGGACGUAGAUACGAAUCUGUUGAGGUGCAAAAGCAGGCUGUGGCGAACUUCUUACAAGAUUGGGAGCCUUUUGACUGUUUAUUACUAUAUGACUGUUUUAUCUGGGAUUAUCUCAAGGCUGAAUAUGAAGGAGAUGAGAGAAUUCGUGGAAUGAAAGUUCUGAAUUUGAUUAGGAAUUUCGAGUUGCAGAAGAUGGAGUCGGAGUCGGUGAAAGAGUACUUUGACAGACUUCUCAGCAUUGCCAACAAGGUGAGAUUGCUUGGUUAUGUAUUAAAUGAUUCCAGGAUCGUUGAAAAGUUGCUAGUCACUAAUCCAGAGAAGUUUGAAGCCACCAUUACUACUUUGGAGAACACCCAAGACUUGUCAAAGAUUUCUUUUACAGAACUCUUGAAUGUUUUACACGCACAAGAGCAAAGGAGGUCUAUGAGGCAAGAAAGGGUGAUUGAAGGGGCUUUACCAGUUAAGCAUCAAGACAAUAGCGUUUGUUGUACGAACAUGUGA